CUCUCUCUCUCUCUCUCUCUCUGUGUGUGUAAUGAAGAGCGGAAGUAGACCGACCAUUUUGAAAUCCUGUACCGCCUGGCGUGAUGGAUAAGGGCCACACAGUGAAGCUCUUUGUGGGGAACCUGGCCCUGGACACCACACAAGAGGAACUGUCCGCCAUUUUUGAGGCCUAUGGCCAAGUGGUGAGCUGCAGCGUCCUUAGGCAGUUUGCCUUCGUUCACUUGCAGGGAGAAGGGGCAGCUGAGCGUGCCAUUCGGGAGCUCAAUGGCCGAGAGUUCAAAGGUCGUAACCUGGUGGUGGAGGAGUCCCGGGGACGGCCGCUCCACUCCACCAAAGUGUUUGUGGGUAAUCUGAGUGGCAUGUGUACCACAGAAGACCUGAAGGAGCUUUUUCAGACUUUUGGGAAAGUCCUGGAGUGUGACAAAGUUAAAGCCUGGCACUCUUCUUCCAUAGGCUAUGCCUUUGUACACAUGGAGAACAAGGAGGACGCACUACAAGCCAUUGAAGCCUUGCACGGCACUUCAUUCAAGGGCCGUCCACUUUCUGUGGAGUUGUCCAAAGUCCAACCUAGCAAGCAGACGCCAACUGGGAAGAUCCCUUGUGUUAGUUGCGGUAAACAGGGUCACUAUGCUGGCGAGUGUCCCACUGGGAAACCUGCUCUGGAGCAGUACCAGAGUCAAGCAGCAGUGUUAGCUGCUGCUGCCGCUGCUGCUGCAGGGCUUCCACUUCAGGUACAACAGAGUGUCCACAACUCCGUCUACAAUACCACGACCUUUGACCCCACCUAUGCUGCUUUGACUGGCCUGACUGCUGCUGGAGCAAGAGCGGAAGGAGCAGCCACUGUUGCACCUGCUGUAUAUGGAGCACUAGCUAACCAGGUUUAUGGGACAGUUGCUAACCAGCUCUAUGGAAGCACAAUGGCUAAUCAAGCUCUUAACACUGGGGCCACUGCAGCACAGGUCUAUGGGUCUCUUAACCCUGCCCUCUAUGGCCAAGUGACAAGCGGAAGUGUUGCAGCUGCUGCAGCUGCUGCUGCUGCCUAUGGGCCACAGGUUUACACACCUGCAAUGGCCAACCCUGUUUUUUUAGCUGCAGCACCUAGUAUGGAAGUACCAGCAGCCGCUGCUGCCGCUGCUGUUAACCCAGCCUACACAGUAGCUUCAGCCAUCUACACAGCCAGCCCAGCUUAUAGCGCCUUGGGGGCAGCUGACCCUACAGCCAUCUUUGAAGCAGCAAGGGCUCAGUACUUUGCACAGGGACAGCAGGUGCUAGCAGAGCAGCAGCCAGCUACUACAAAAUCUGGGGAAAGGGACAGGAGCCCACUCAGAAGAUCAGCACCUCUGCUGCCUGACCCAGUUAUGAAGCCCUUCAUGUACCAGAGAGCAAAGCGCCGAGCACUCUUGCCUACUCCAGCAGGCCGGGAAGAGGCCGCUGCCCAGGAAGAGGAUCCCAUUGCCAGGUACUAUGCAGAGUACUAUCAGCAGUACCAGCAGCUCGCCCAGUACCCGCAGUACUCCACAGUUCAUUAUCCAGCCCCAAGCCCGCUGGCAGCAGUGUCUGCCAUCCCCACGCUGUCUGCAGUUCCUGCUGCACUCGACCCACUCAGGCCAGUGCUGCCCGCCGCCCCCGUGCCUGCCGCUGCCGCCAUUGCCAUGGCAACAUCCCGCGUGUAUGAGCCGCCGCCGAUUCCGCCGCCGCGCAAGGAGCCCCUCCUGCGCCGCUCCGAACUCGCCCUGCACCCUCCCGAAACGCCCUUCCGAUAAUGUGCACUUCCUCUCACUGUCCCCCCUUCUCUCCUCGUGCCAUGUCUCUGACUGUGUGUGUGUUGUGUGUGGACGGAGUGUAUCUGUGGUUUCUGUAAGUGGGGUAGAUGUCUUUGUGUGCGUGUGUGUGUGUGUGUUUGUCCGGGUGCCUUGGCUUUUAAGGACUGGAAUAUCUGACCUUGGUCCUGAUCACAUACCUGGUGUAAUAUGUCAGGGUUAGGAAAGGGAAAGUGCACACUUUUAUUCACUCAUAACCUAUAAUGUACCAUUUAAAAUCUUAAGCCUGUAGACAGCUUCAAGGUGUAGGCUAAACUAUUAGCCAUGUGAUGUUUAAUGUGUAUGGUAUUUUUAAACUGUGUUAGCCUUUCAAUGAUCCUGUACUUGAGAUUUUUAUAAUUUGCUUGAAAUAAUUAGAGGAACUAUAAACCCAGUUUACGUAUAUGUCUGUAUAUAAAUAUAUAAACACACAUGAAUUAGAUGUCGAUACCUUUUAAUGAAUGUAUGUUUACUCUCCAAGGUGUGUGAAGUUCAGGACCAGGGUUUGGCAUUGUUUGUGUGUGUGUGUGUGUUUUUCCUUUGUGUGUCUUUUGAGACAGUGUAUGUGUGUUGACGUCAGUUGCAUUGGUUGCAAUGACAGAAUGACAGGCACACACAUGGAUCAACACACAUGCAUUUAGGGAAACUGCCUUGAUCUACCACAAUACAUACACACGCCCUUCACAUCCUGAGAGAAAAAAAAAAAACAGUAAAUGAUCAGUGAUGACGUGUAUCACUUCUUCUCCCCAUCCCACGUCACCCAUCUCGAAAGCUGAAAGACACUGUGAAUCCUCUCUGCUUUUAUUUGUUUUAAUGUAGCUGCACCAAUCAGCAUGGUGAGAAACAGGGAAUAGUCUCAUUUGGGAAAAAUAAGAUGGCGAGAUGUGCCAUUAACUGGGAUUAGUCCUUUAGCACAUUUAGGCUAAUUGGACUUUCACUGAUUGACUUAACUGCCAUUUUGCAGAGUAGAGGCAUUUUGGAAGUAUCUUUAUUGAUUAUCUUUUUUUUUAAUGAAAUGUACUAAAUGGGACUCAAGCAUCUUUUUUUUUUUAAGUCUCCAUAAUCUCUUUGUUUACAGCCAUGAAUGAGAAGUAGCUUUCUAUGAACAUGUUUAUAGCCAAAAUCUUUUUUUUUAACUCAGUGACUUAUAAUUCUUAUGCCUUAUUACAAAAAUGUAUAAACGUGUGCUAUUUUUUGAUUGUAGUCUUAAAAUGUGAAACUAGAUGGAAUCCAGCACAAUAAGAGAGCUCUAUGUGGUGUGGGAUUAAAAGAAAUGGGAGAUCAGUUUCUUUCAGUCUUCUUUCCCAUUCGUUGUUCUAGAUCACUAGAUUAUUCCUCAUCUGUCUUCCAUCUCUUGCCAUCUUUCUUUGCAUCUGUCUUUAACUGUGUGCCAUCACUAUCAUCAUUAUCAUCUACCUUACACAUAUCUACACAAUGAAGAGACCAGUGUUAAUGGGAAUGUCUGAGAAAUGUCUUCAUUUGUGUAGUUUGUAUGUACAAAUACUACAGAAUACUAAGGGUCUAUGCAUGGGCUUUAGAAAAAAAAUAUAUAGUGUAACCAAGUAUAUAAUAAUAAAACUGUUUGAUCCUUAUGAAAGUAAA